AUGUCUUCCAUCACCAUCAACGGCAACACGCUGGAGAUCAGCCCCGAUGCUCGCCAUGUCUCCGCACGCAAUGCCGAAUCCUCAAACUACAUUCUGCUCAGGUCUAAAGACAGGUUGAAGAUGGCGCAGAUGGAAGAGUUAGAAGCCCUCGGCGUCAAAGCCCAUACCAUUGUCGACACCGACACAUACCUGUGCGAGUAUGCUCCCAGCGAUCUCUCGAGCCUCCGGAGCAAAGAUUAUCUUGACUACGUGGACAUUUACCAUCCGUCCCUGAAGGUAUCUGCACACCUACGCCAGCCUGAGGCCUUCUCGUCCUUUGCUGCCCGAUCAGACGAUGAGCCUGUACAGGAUGAGCUGGAGGUGGUUAUAUGCCUGCAUCAGAAUGGUCCAGGCAGCCAGGCUGUGAACGAUGAACUGGUGCGGCGCGGCCUCAUUGACCCCCAAAAGACCAAGGUCUGGGAAUCAAGGAUUCAAACCGCCGUCAAGCAAGCCAAGGUCGAUCAGAUUGCCCAGGUUGAAUCCGUCCGCGCGAUCGAGCCCUUUGCGUCGCAAAGGCCGUGUAACAACAUCGCCCGUGUCUUGCUCAAUCAUCCCGUCUGUCGGGAGCCGAACGACUUGGGGCUUCCGGGACAUGCAUACCAGGGGGCUGGCCAGGUAAUUCAUGUCGCCGACACGGGCUUUGAUACCGGUGUUGCUCCUUGCCAACACGCACACUUCCAAGACCGGCUCCUGGCAGUCUACCAAGUGAACCAAACGGAGCCAGUCCCAGACAAGCCCGAAGACACCGACGGACAUGGGACGCACGUCUGCGGGUCUGCGGUUGGGCAUGGCCGCAGCACAACAAUGGGGGGCCCAGAAGCAAAAGGCGACGGCCAAAUUCAGGGUACGGCGCCCGCGGCAUCGUUUGUCGCCUCGCGCAUGACCGACAGCGGCAGCGGGGACUUUUUCUCCGGUGACUUCAAACUUAUCGUCGAUGUUCCGUACACGCAGCACCAGGCUCGCAUCUCCAACCAUUCCUACGGCGCGUGGAAGGACGUGCCGCAGGUCGGGUACAAUGAGUCCAAUCGAGAUAUCGACCAAUAUCUCUUCGAUCAUCCGGAUCUUCUGGUGUGCUUUGCGGCUGGUAAUCGAGGCCAGCAUCCCAACGUUGGCCCGGCCCAGGUGGCCGGGGAUGCCAUCUCGAAGAAUGUCUUGACCGUCGCCAACAGUUACACCUGCCGCCGGCUGGAUGCUGAUGGCAAGUUCAAGGGCAGUCCCAAUGCAAUCUCGGAGAACUACGGCAUCAACCCAUCAAGCAGUCGGGGUUUCGCCUUGGACGACCAGCGAUGGAAGCCGGAUCUCUGCGCCCCAGGAACGGCCAUCCUGUCCAGUGUCUCCAGCCGCUGGGACCCCACCAAGCCGAGGGACAAGUUCGGUGACUCUACUGAUUCAAUGUAUACAUUUAACACGGGCACCAGCAUGGCGACACCGCUCGUGGCUGGCUGUGCGGCCGUUCUGCGGGAGGCGCUGGUGGAACAGGGGGUAGCCAAACCGUCUGCCAUGCUGCUCAAGGCGCUUUUGGUCAACGGAGCCGUGGACAUCUUGCGUGCCAGUGUUUCCGGUUCUGAGAGCCGCCAGAAGCAGCAAGGGUUUGGCCGGGUCAACAUGGGCGGUUCUUUACUCAGUAUUCAUGCGUCAUCCCCGACGCAUCCGGCUUAUGAGCCUAGCCAGGGAGGCUUUGUCGACGCUUGUUGGGCCAAAACCGAGACGUCACCGGGUGCCAGCCCGGAAAUGAAAGCCAUGACGCAGCUGAAAGAAGACGAGUCAUGUGGAUUCACCAUUCAAGUCCCUGCGGGCCGGACUGUCGUACCUUUAGGAGACGACUUCCCCUGGACGCUCAAAGUGACUCUGGUUUGGCACGAUCAACCUGGGCCCAAGCUGCAGACGAAACUCGGGCUCGCCGUGGUCCAUUCAACGGGCAAACGAAGGCACGGCAACAAGGGAGAUGCUGACUUUGCAGCUACUCCCAAGGAGUUCGAUGCGAUCAACAACGUCCAGCGAAUCGUGUGGGAGAACAUCCCAGCGGGCGAGUGCAAAGUGACUGUGACCUGUUCGCAAUAUUUCUUGAAAGCGGUGCCGUAUGCCGUCGCGUGGACCUUGGAAUAG